GCUGUGUGCUGCAUGUUUCCCGCUACCUUCACGUCCGAUCUCACCUGUUUGUUUGCGGAUCUUCUGCGAUGCUGUGACUCCAGCCGUCAGUCGUUCAUCAUGAAGCUGAGAGUUCGGAUCCUCCGGCAGACCAGCAGACUGGAUGUUCUGGGAGAAGAUCCCAGUGUGGCAGAACUCACAGAGCAGAUCCGGGACCAGCUGCUGUCCGGUCACGGCCUCGGUCCAGAAACAGACUUCAGUUUGUCUCUAAACGGGUCAGAACUCCUCUCAGAUUCUGCUCAGACUCUGUCCUCCUGUGGAAUCGUCUCCGGAGAUCUGAUCUGCGUCCUGCUGCCUCAGUCUGCACAACCCGUCACCACGGCAACCACUACAGCAACCACCAACAUGACGGCCAGCAGCUCAGCCAACCAGAACCAGAACCAGCAGACCGACAGCAACACGUCCAACCAGCCCAGCUUCAGUCCUGCAGCUCCGUUGGACCCCGAGGAUCCCGACCCGAUAGACGCUGGUCAUGUGACCUCCGUCUGGGAGCCAAUGCUGUGCUGCGAGGCCGAGGAGGGCGGAGCCCCGCUGUCCCUGGAGCUGCUCCACCAAUCAGCUGGCAGCACCUGUCCCAGCGACACCCUCAUGGUGGCAGCUCACCUGCUGAUGAUGGAGACGGGAUUCAUCCCUCAGGUGAGUCCUGUCCAGGUGUCCACCCAGAUGCCUGCUGGUUGGAGGAGUCCUGGUGGAGUGUUCAGGCUGCAGUACCUCCAUCCUCUGUGUGGGGGCGCCGUGGUGUCUCUGGUGGCCGUCAGUCUGGGUCCAGUUCUGAGCAUCAACACAACUCUGAAGGUGACAGAAAACGUGGAGACGCCCAGAAAGCUGUGUCUGGAACCGUCCAGCUACGUGACCAACGAGUGGGCAGGAGGAAGUGCUGCUGCUGCGUUCAGGGACCUCAGGAAACUGUCGAGAGUGUUCAAGGACCAGCUGGUUUAUCCGCUGAUAGCUGCUGCCAGAGACGGUAAAACAUGUUUAUGAGCAGGUUUGGAUAAAAACUUCUAUAUAGAUAUAUAUAAUGGAGAUAAAAGCCUUCAGGGAACAGAAUUCUGACUGGGUUUCUCUUUUAUGUUCAAUCUGAAGAUGGAGUUUUGAUCCCACAUCGUUCUGGUGACGUUUAUCUGAUUUAAAACGUUUAUUUUUCCUCCCAGUGAAUCAUGAAAGAAGGAAAUCCUCAGAUGGACUCAGAAACACUUCCUGCUUUUACUUCCUAAACAUGAACUUUAAACUUUGUCUUCCAUCAUAUUUAGUGUUUCCUUCAUAGAAAUAACAACAUUUUUAUUGGUGAAGAAGCAGAAGUUUAAUGAUGAUGUAAUGCGUGUCUAGUGAUGAUGCAAUAGGUGUUUGAUGAUGAUGUAAUGGGUGUUUGAUGAUGAUGUAAUGAGUGUUUGAUGAUGAUGUAAUGGGUGUUUGAUGAUGAUGUAAUGGGUGUUUGAUGAUGAUGUAAUGGGUGUUUGAUGAUGAUGUAAUGAGUGUUUGAUGAUGAUGUAAUGGGUGUUUGAUGAUGAUGUAAUGGGUGUUUGAUGAUGAUGUAAUGGGUGUUUGAUGAUGAUGUCAUGGGUGUUUGAUGAUGAUGUAAUGGGUGUUUGAUGAUGAUGUAAUGGGUGUUUGAUGAUGAUGUAAUGGGUGUUUGAUGAUGAUGUCAUCGGUGUUUGAUGAUGAUGUAAUGAGUGUUUGAUGAUGAUGUAAUGGGUGUUUGAUGAUGAUGUCAUCGGUGUUUGAUGAUGAUGUAAUGGGUGUUUGAUGAUGAUGUAAUGGGUGUUUGAUGAUGAUGUCAUCGGUGUUUGAUGAUGAUGUAAUGGGUGUUUGAUGAUGAUGUAAUGGGUGUUUGAUGAUGAUGUAAUGGGUGUUUGAUGAUGAUGUAAUGGGUGUUUGAUGAUGAUGUAAUGGGUGUUUGAUGAUGAUGUAAUGGGUGUUUGAUGAUGAUGUAAUAGGUGUUUGAUGAUGAUGUCAUCGGUGUUUGAUGAUGAUGUAAUGGGUGUUUGAUGAUGAUGUAAUGAGUGUUUGAUGAUGAUGUAAUGGGUGUUUGAUGAUGAUGUCAUCGGUGUUUGAUGAUGAUGUCAUCGGUGUUUGAUGAUGAUGUAAUGGGUGUUUGAUGAUGAUGUAAUGAGUGUUUGAUGAUGAUGUAAUGGGUGUUUGAUGAUGAUGUAAUGGGUGUGUUUCCUACAGGCCUGGCUCUGCCGGUGGCCUUCGGUCUGCAGGUUCUUCCUCCUGAACUUCUCCUGAGGAUUCUCCGGCUGCUGGACGUCCACUCGGUGGUCCGACUGUCGGCCGUCAGCCGCCACUUUAAUGCCGCUACAGCCGACCCGUCGCUAUGGAGACACCUGUACCAGAGAGACUUCACAGAUGGAAACAGAUCCAGAGACUCCGACUGGAAGGAGCUCUAUAAAAAGUCGUAUAAACAUCGCUCUGAUCUCCGUCACUCGAUUCGUGGUCGCUGGUUUCCUCCCGACCUGCCAGACUUCCUGCCGCCGCCCCGGCCCUGUUUCCCGCCGCUGCCCGGCAUCAUCGGUGGCGAAUAUGACCAGAGACCCAACCUGACCCACCUGCUGCCCCGCCCCCGCUACGACCCCAUUGGUCCGCUGGCCGAGCCCAGCCGGCGGCGCCACGACUUCCACAGGAACCUGCCUGGAGCCGGACGGGCCUCCAACGUCCGCAGAGGAUUCAUCUGAUUAUCGAUUAAUGGAGGACUGAUCAAUAACACAGCAUUUAAAUAAACACACAACAUCGCGUUUA